AUGCCGUCCGGUCUUGCGGCAGUGCCUCCGGCGCAGCUGCCGUCCAAGUAUCGCGAUGUGGUCAAGAUCGCAUUGCAGCCGCGACAGACUCGAGCGUUCAUCCUCGCUGCGGUGUCAUGGCAUCUGCUCUUGACAUCCGCGCUUCUGAAGACAAUCUCGCUGUCGCUAGUAUCUCCCUUGACACUGGCUGUCAGCUUGCUGUCGUUCGGUCUCGGAAUCUUACCGCUGCUUGCUCGGCGAAAGCGCGCCCUUUCCACCAUCACGACGCCACCAUCCCGCUUGCCUUCUUCAAGAGCUCAGCAAUUGUCGGCGGCACUCUCAAGUCCCACUUUGCUGCCAUCGACUUCGCAUCAUGUCGUCGCUUUUUUGGUGCUGGCAAUGAGCUAUGCGGCACUGCUCACGUUGCAGACGGGCGGAUGGGGCCCGCAGAUCUGGGUGGAGUCGCACGGAUCGUUCUAUCUUAACGAGCGCUUUCUCUAUCUCGUCGGUCAGUCGGUGGUGCUCGGAGCCGUCUACGCAUUCUUCUUCCGGUCCUUACCGUCACCCGAUGCCGUCGCAUCGCCUUUUUUCGACCCAUCCGUUCUAUCCUCUGGCGCUGUGGUGACCAUCAAAGACCGCGUGGUCAAAGUCUUCGCUUCUCGUUUGCCGAAAGUGGCAGCUGUCGCAGCAUUGGCAUCGAUAACGAACGUCGUGGUAUACGGCCUCAUCCGCAUCCGCCUGUGGAGUGGGUUGCUGCUCGUGAUAGGAACACGCGGCCUGAUGCGACGUCUGCUGGUGCCUUCGUUUCGCGUCGAUUUUAGCUACAUCGAGGUAGCACUGCGCAUGGGCUUGUUCAGCAUGGCUGCUGUCUGUGCAGUGGAAACAGCAUACCUGCUUCUGGACGUCUACCUCUCGCAUCCGCUGCCCGCAGUCAGCAAGUACGCCAAGAGCCCGAACCGGCUUUUGCUCGAUGGCAUCGACGAGCCGAUCUUGUUCUUCUCGAAUCACGCCUUCUCGGAAGUGGCGCGUCUGAGUGCGAACGACAAGGACAGCCGUGCUGCCAUCUAUCGGGAUGUCAACGCCGACGUGACGGCGUGGGUGCAUAUCAGGGAUCGGUGCUUGUCGCUGCUCGAUGCGCACAAGCAGUUUGUGAUUCGCAGGGGUCAGCUGCCACCUCCAGCACAGACGACGGCGCAACCUGCAGCACAGCAGGUGGUUCAGCAGCAGCAACAGAAGCGCAGUGCACAGCCUGCACCGCAAACUAUCUGGGAUCGGCUCGCGGUGGGACAGACGAUGGCGAAUCAGAAUGUCGCCUCAACCUCACAGAGCCCAACCGCAGCACCCGCCACUGCAGCUGCCACUGCCAACACCAACAGAUCGCCAGCAUCCACGCCAUCAUUGCUCAGCUUGCACAGCAUUCAAAAAGCCAUCAUCGGUGUGACAACGCUUGGGUGGAAGUCUGUACCUCAAGAUGCCAAGCACGUGCUGUUCGGUCCGCGUCGGCAACAAGCACUGGUGGGCGACUCGCCAGCUUUUGAAGCUGCGUCCGUUGUCGGUCGCGAUGCAGCACGAACCGUGGGAGCCGUGCUUACGCUGAAAGAGCUCCUUUGUCACAGUCUGGCGGAAGACCCGUACGGAUCGGUGCAGAGGGACAUUCAGCGCGUGUUGGUGGCCAUGGUGGACCUGGACACUGAGAUCCGUCGUUUUGGACUGGAACUCGAACAGCGGGCCGAAAAGAUUGACGAGAAGCUGGGCAAGCUCGAAGCCGCGGCGAACAGUAGCAGCGCGAAAGAGGGAGCUGGAGGGAGCGGCAGGGCAGAGUGUCAGGAGCAUUUGAGGGAUGCGUGGAAGACGAGUGGCGCGCAAAACGUGAAUCUGAGCUUGACCGCUUCGAUCCGAGAGAUUCUGGAUACGUUUGGCAAGUUUGAUCUGCAGCUGGACGACGAGCUGGAAGUCAAAUUGGCCGAGUGUUUGAGUUGA